AUGGGUGCUACAUGCAAGUUUAGAGAAAGAGAAAAAGAUAUUCAUUCCUAAGAUCCAUUAACAAGUUUUCCAAACUAAAGUUCUGUAUCUGAAGACUAAUCUAAUUUUAAAUAUAAGACCUAUGCUAAGAGUAAGAAAUCUAGAAAUCCUACUAAUUCUCCUUAGGUUAUGGAUAGCCAACAUUUCUUUAUAAUAUAUCCAAAAAAUCAAAAUUAAAGAAAUGAUUUGAUACUACAACUCUAAGACCUGAAUCGAAAUAACAAUUAUUUUAUUGAAGAAUACUCAUAAAUGAUCAGCCAAUCCAUAGAAAAUCAAUAUGAAAGCUAUUUUUCAUUAGACGGAUUAUCUGAAGGAUCAUUCAACGUUUUUCGUAUAUGA